AUGGCUCGAACACAUCUCAAGCGUCCCGCCUCGGCCAACUCGACGAGUAAAGCCACCAAUGGUUCACUGCCUGAUGUCCCCAGGAUAGUCAAGGAUGUAAUUGAUAGCGUCCGGCGAGAAGGUGAUGCUGCUGUGCAGCGUUACAGCGAGCAAUUCGACAAAUGGUCUCCUUCCAGCUUCAAGCUGUCUAAAGAGGACAUCGAUCAAGUCAUUGCUCGAGUCCCAGAGCAAGUCAUCAAAGAUAUCAAAGCAGUGCAAUCCAACGUUCGAAAGUUUGCAGAGGCUCAGUUGAACUCAAUCAAAGAGUUUGAGAUCGAGAUGGCUCCUGGUGUAUUUCUGGGUCAGAAGAACAAUCCUAUUGACUCAGUUGGAGCAUAUAUCCCUGGAGGGCGGUAUCCCUUGUUGGCCUCUGCGCACAUGACCAUUUUGACGGCCAAGGUUGCUGGUGUCAGAAAUGUAGUAGCCUGUACGCCCCCCGCAGCGGGUGAGAUUCCCCUGGCCACAGUUGCCGCCAUGCAUCUCGCAGGGGCAGAUGAGAUCUUCAUCCUUGGUGGCAUUCAAGCUGUCGCAGCAAUGGCGAUCGGCACGGAAACUGUCCCCAAGGUCGACUUCAUCGCCGGACCAGGCAACGCUUUCGUUGCCGAGGCAAAGAGGCAGUUGUUUGGCCAGAUUGGAAUCGACCUUUUUGCCGGGCCAACUGAAGUUUUGAUCGUGGCGGAUGAAACAGCAGAUCCGUACAUGAUCGCCACCGAUUUGCUUUCUCAGGCUGAGCAUGGACCAGACACACCUGCUGUCUUGAUCUGUACCUCGGCUGAAGUUGCAGAGAGUGCCAUAAAGUACUGCGAUGAUCAGCUGGCUUCUCUCAAGACAGCAGCUGUGGCUAGUGUCUCAUGGCGUGACUACGGGGAGGUUAUUCUCGCCGAUACGGUUGACGAGGCCUAUCAGAUUGCCGACGAAUUUGCUUCCGAACAUGUACAAAUUCUCACUGCGAACCCCAGAGAGGCGCUUACCAAGAUGCAACACUACGGAGCAUUAUUUCUGGGCCCCAUGACCUGCGUCUCUUUCGGUGAUAAGUGUAUUGGCACAAACCACGUUCUACCCACGAAGCACGCGGCAAGAUAUACUGGCGGUUUGUGGGUAGGAAAGUUCCUCCGCACUGUGACCUAUCAGGAAGUCAAGUCUGCUCAGGCAAGCGGUGAACUUGGUCAGCUCUGUGGGAGAGCUGCGCGGGUAGAGCUCUUUGAGGGUCACGCGAGGUCUGGAGACAUUCGUGCGCAUCGAUACAUCGGGGACAAAUUUGAGUGGAUCAAGCCGUAG